UCCAGCACUACACAACCCCCUCUAACUGUCGAGACUGUCCAUCACUCUCAAACAAACUCUGCCGUCAUAUCAAACAAACACCACAACAUCAGGAAUAUUGCAGCUGUUCUUGGAGCAGUUGACUGAUCAGGCCCAAUGUCUCUGCUCAAAUCUGGCUGGCUCUGGAGACAGUCUUCACUCCUCAAACGCUGGAAGCUGAACUGGUGUGAUCUCUGGAUAGAUGGGAGCUUUGUGUUUUACAAAUCUGAAAACAGAAGGGACUAUGAGACCAGAGUGAAUCUGAAGAGCACCUGUGUGAAUGUGAAGUCUGGACUGGAGUGUGCAGGUGUAUGUCCACCUGAGAGUCAUCCCAGAGAGAAUUUGCUGGUGGUUUAUCUCAAGGAUGGAUCUAUGUUGACCCUGUGUGCAAACAGUGAAGAUGAAGUACUGGCUUGGAAGCUCACACUCAUGGAAGCUAAAAGAAAUCCUGUUUUCACUUACAAUCCCUAUGAUGAUACCUAUCAGACUGUUCCAAUUGACAGCCAUAAUGCAGUUUACAUCAUGCCAAGGUCAGGUUGUGGAGGGACACAACAUGUGUGGGUGCAUAGACACUCAUAUGAUGACAGCUUUGGUGAGCAGAUUGCAUUGGGGCUCUUGGCUGGAAUGGCUGCAGGUGUCGCAAUGCGCUCACUCUUAUGGAUGCCCUUCUGGUUCUGCUGAGGACCAAUCAAACAACAGGAUGAUCGCUGGAGUACCAGCAGCAGCACCAGCAGCAGCACCAGCAAACUGAGAGAAUAGCCUGGAAAAGUCAGCUGUAAAGCUCUGUGAUAGCAAACGCUGUGGGCAUCAAUUGGUCAGUCACUUUGAAAAGUGAGUCAGCGUAAAAUGUAUAGAGUCUAGCUGCUUCAGGACAUCAUUAUGUUAUAAAUGAUAGCACUUUACAGAAAACAGUCCUAUGCAGUUUUAGCUCCACAUAAAUACCAGGUCAGAUUUUUAUAUCUUUAUUUUUGAAUCUCUAAUUGGUGAGAUUUAGAUGCUUCAUUGUUUUCAAGAGGGAAUUACUCUUAAAUAGGUUAAAGGUGCACUCAGUAAUGUUUUUUUAAGUAUGUCGAAGUGGCUUACACUGGCUUACACUGACACCGUGGCCUGGAUGCUGCAUCAUUCAAACAGAAGUUUUCAGUUACAAAUGCCAUUGUAGAAAUUCUAUGCACAGUAAACCAGGAUUAAUUUAAUCCAUGAAUGAAGGUGUCCAAUAACAUGGCAGUUACUGAGAUUAAGAGAUUAGUAUUCAGAUGGUCAUGUGAUGCUAACAUGGCAGCCCCCAUGAGGCGCCCCUGCUCCAUGUAGAAUAAAACAGUUCUUAUAAGGUUACUGAUAUCACUGAACUCUUCAUCUCACAUGAGUGGUCAUGUUUUUAUACAUAUGUUUCAAAAUACUAUUCAAUACUUUCUAAGUAAAACUUUUUAAAUGAGGAAACAAAUUACUGAGUGAACCUUUAAAAUGGGUAAAUAUGAAAAAGAUGGUGUUGAUUAGUCUAAAAUGACAAAAUGCCUCAUUAUUUUGCACAGCUGCACAAAGACAGAAUGAUCAUAUUUUCUUGCUGCUAUGAUUUUGUGUAUCAUGUACAUAUAUAUAGUGCUUUGCCAAUAUGUUCAGCGUUUUUUGUCGAUGAUUAAAGCUGAUGUAACUUUUUCAGGGUGAGAAUACUUUCUCCUAUCCCAGAUUAAUAUGCAGAGAUGACCAUCAGUCAGCCAUUCAUAUGUACAUUUUCUCGAAAACUGUAAACAAUUGUCUCUGUGGAGCUAUAAAAAUCCCUGUGUUUGCUUUGAUCUACCCGUUUGGACACGCCCCAACAACAUUACUCAAUCAAUGGCGUUAGCUGGGGGCGGGGCUAUUUGUUCAUUUGUUAAACGCCAGAUGAGGGCAUUUUCAGAAUUCUGUUUUGAAAACAUUGUUUAUUUUUGCAAUUCCAUUCGGUGGGGCUAGUGUCACAGAAAUUACAUUCUUCAGCUUUUACAUCUAUCUUCUAUUAAUCGGGGACAAGUUAUUUUAUUUAUUAAUAACAAAAAUUAAAAUCCUAAUUAUAACAAUUCAUUCCUGAAUCUUGAAUGUAUUAUUGUCUAAAGUAUGAGGUUUGGGAGAGACCAGACCUUUGAUUACACUUCAAAUAUAAGACUAACUCGUACAACACUCCAAAAGUUUCCAGGACUCCUUUUUAUCCUGCAAGGACAGCACAACUGUACUAAAGUUGCAACAUAGACAAGCUUCCAAUACUGGAACAUUUAGGUUCAAAUAAAGGCUUCUACCACAUACAGAAGUGUACAUUUCUUUUUCUGUGUUUUUUGUCAAGAGGUCCUGCACAAAUUCACAACUAAAAGCAUAAAAUGUUUACAUUUAGACUAGCUACUUGUGAGCGUGUUAUAUAAAAUGCAGUCUAGCAUUUAUUACAGCUGUCUGCUCUGAACAUUUACCAACUUCCCGAAUAACAAACUUAGUACACACACACACACACACACACACACACACCACACACACACACACACACUACAUAGACUAUCCAGCAAGCAAAAACAAAUGUUGCUAAAUAUAAGAUUUUAUUAGGGAUGAACCAGGAUGCUGAUAAAUUUUAGCAGUGCAAAUUUUCAGUAUUUGUGUCAAGCAGCAUUGCCAGACCCAACCAUUCUGGGUAAAAUCCUUUUUAAAUGUAUCAGACAGAUUCAAGAAAGAAUUUUUUUUUUUUUUUUUUGCAAAA